AUGUUGAUCAGGCCUGUCCUGUCCAUUGGCCUGCGCCGCCUUGUGCUGGUCGCCACUUCGAAAGAAACAACGAGAUCGAUUCGAAAGAACCACGACCGACCUUGGGACCGAAGCUGCAAGGGCGAAGAAGAUUCAUUGCAAAAUUGUGCUGUAGUCGAACCCUCGCCAACCCUCCCCGCGCUGCGGUCCCAAACCCUUCCGACCCCUUCGAGUUCAGGACGGCCUUGCGACCACCAUGGACCUUCCCAACCCAAGAAGAACGAGCUGGUUAGCUAUUCAGACCACCGAGACAGCUUCGACCCAAGACCCAACCAAGAGGUACCGGCGUGGCGACAUGCGACGGAGAAAGCUGGAUUACUCGAGCUGUCUGAACGAGGAAAGCGAUGUAAAAACACGCAAGCCCCCUGUGACUCAGCUCGGCUCAGCUCAGCCUUGCGCCUUUCGUCUCUGGUGUAUGAUUGGCACUCGGACGAAUUGACAGGCUCACAAUACGAUGGACUACGCAAAGCAUCAACAAACGGGUCCUCGCACGUCGAGGAGCCCGACGUUGCUACCUGCGAUGUCUAG